AUGCCCGAGGUUGACGCCGAGAAUCUCCCGCCGACUGGGAAGGCCACGGUCACUCGGAGAUUCGCGCAGAAAUGCAUGAAUCCAAAGCGCUAUCGGCCGAUUGAUCCAGACCGAGUGGGCGUCAAUGGAUCACCGGCAGAGAUGACAAAUGGUAAUGGAUGUGUCCAGAAUGGAGUCUCCGAUCAUUUACAAUGGGAAAGUGUUAAAGAGCGGGUGAUCAAAGCGGGAACUGUGGAAAAGCUUGUGGACCCUAAAGACGCAGGCUCCUUCCGACCUAUCGCCAUAUUGAACACGCAAUUCAAGUUACUGACCGGAGUGAUUGCACGAGUGAUCACCGAGAAAUACAACGGGAACAGGUACGCCUUCCCAGAAGAACAGCUAGCUGUGAGAACGGGUGUGAAAGGAUGCGAGACAGCCCAUCUGACCGAGAUCGAUACUCAC